AUGGCCUCUACCGUUGUCCAAAUUGCGGACCGAGCGAAACAUGAUCAGGUCGUGGAAGAGUCGCACCGGACACCUACCAUUAUCCACGUCUCUAAUUCUUCUUUGCCUACUUGUCGGGAGUUUAGUCCGAGAUAUGAAAAGCUGGCUCAGAAGCAUGCAAGCAGUGGUAUAGCGUUCGCCGAAAUGGACUUCAACGCAGCGACAAGCUACUUGUUCAAAUUCUCACCAAAUCAGCUGCCUGUCACGGUGGCUAUGUUCGGAGACCGCUGGGCAAAGACUGUCAUGGGCGCAGAUAUGAAAGGGAUCGAGGAGUCUAUCGAACUGCUGCGAGGCGAGGCGAAACGGGAUGUCUAA